GACUUCAGCCGGAUGACCUUCAUUUACUUUCUGAGACAUAAAAAUGAAGCGUUGAAAUACUUUAAAGCAUUUAAAGAUAUUUAUAAAGUAAUGGCUGAAAACCAAACUAAUAGAAAAAUAAAAAUACUCAGAACGGACUACUUAAUGAUUAUUUAAAGAAGUUUGGGGUUAUACACCAAAAAUCUAAUCCUUACACACCUCAAUAAAACGGGUUGUGUGAAAGAAUGAAUAGAACGAUCAUUGAAAAGGCUAAGUGCAUGUUAUAUGAUGCUGAACUAUGCAAGAAGGUUUGGGCAGAGGCUUGCAAUACGGCUGUGCCCUGUGCACUGACAUAAUCGAACUGUUUCAUCAGUUUUAAAUGGUAAAACACCAUAUGAACUAUAUAGAUGGGUGUUAAGCCAGAUCUGAGUAAUCUAAGGAUUUUUGGAUCACCUGUCAUGGUCCAUGUCAAUAAAGAAAAAAGGUCCAAAUGGGAUAGAAAUUCCAUUGAAUGCAUAUUAUUGGGUUAUCCUGAUAAUAUUAUAAGGCAUUGUAUGAUCCGAUAAAGAAGCAAAUUUUCACAAGCAGAGAUGUGAUAAUUAUGGAAAAACAGUCAGUUAUGAUGGACAUUAUUCCUGAAGAGAAUGAAAAAGAAUCAAAGAUUAAUGAAAUGGUGAAAGAAACUGAGGUUUUACAGGAUUCAGUGGGGGAAAUAGAUAUAACAUUGAUGGAAGAGUCAAUGAAAGAUUCAUCUUCAGAGUACUUUACCAAGUGAUUAUGAAGAUUGUUCAGAUACUUAGAAUAAUAUUAGAAUAAAUAGACCUGUGCGAGAACGUCGUGCACCAAACAGGUAUCACCAAACUGGUAUAUGUUAUACAGACAUCAGUAUGGAUGGUAGAACGUUACUAACUAGUAACUCGAUGCAGAACCUCAAGGCAGUUGACCGCAAUCCUGGAGAGGUUUUGAACGACUACUAUCGUCGUUGUGUUCCUGAAGAGAACGUUCGGAACUAUAGUUCCAUAGCGAGACUGUCACCCGCUGAAAGGGUUGAAGGACAGGUUAAUUUGCUUGGGGAAUAUCCUGAGCGUAUGAACCUCAAAUACCCUAUCUAUCAUAUGCGAGAUGACGUAACCGCCGCUUAUGAGAUCACAAGCGACUAUGCAGGUAUCUGUCAAAUUAUGUAUGCUUUGUGAUAGCCCAUUUGAAUCCCGUCCGAUGAAUUAAAGAUAGACGUAGAACCAACAUUGACAUUCAAUGUGGGUCUGAGACAAAACCUUUGCCAGCGUGUCGACCUGGCGCCUACACAAAGAGAAGGUAUAGACUAUAAAGAAACAUUUUCACCAGUGCUUAAGUAUUCCACUUUGAAGUUGUUAAUUGCAUUAAGUGUUUAAAUUAGAUCUUAAAAUCACCCAUUUAGAUGUCACCACAGCUUUUUUAAAUGGCCACUUAGAAACUGUGUACAUGAUGUUACCUCAGAAUUUCAAGUGUAAUAUGAAUCAGAAUAAAGUUUUAAAAUUAAAAAGGGCCAUAUAUGGGCUAAAGCAGUCUGUUAGAGCCUGGUACAAACAGGUUGAUGAUUGUUCACAACAGUUGGGCUAUAAAAAGUCAUUGUAGGAACAUUGUUUGUUUAUAAAAUCAUCUGAAAAUGUUAUUAAAUGAACUAAGAAUCAUAAUAAAUGUUUCAUGCGUGUUGAUUCAUAGGCCAUUUUUAACAAUAUCCUUUCCUUAUCAACAGCUGAUAGGGAGCUGGUACUAAUUGGUUAGUAGUUAGUACUAAUUGGUAUUUUUAUAAAACUUUUAUUUAUAAAACUGCUAUUUUACUUUCAAAAUACAGAACUUUAUCAUUUACCUUCCUACCUAACACUUGGUUAUAUUAUUUCAGGUCCUAUGCACUUUAUAUUUCUUGGGUACUGGGAGUUAUCAAACUCCAACUGGGAUCUUAAACAAAAUAAAUGUGUCCCAGGCAACAACCUCCCGUUGCAGUGACGUUGUGGAAGCAUUAAACCAUCCAAACAUUUUUCAUGAAUGGGUGAGAUUUCCAAGAACGUUGCAAGAGCUUCAAAUAAUAGCGUUAGAGUAUAUUUGUGUUUAAUAUCCAAGCACUCAUCUAAUUUUCAUAACUGUGUAGACUUAAUGUAUUGUUAUCUUUUUAGCUUUUAUAACUGCUAUGGGUUUCCUGGAGUGAUAGGAUGCAUCGACUGCACACAUGUUGCUAUUGUGCCUCCUCCGGGAACUACGCAUUAUGAGAGAAGCUAUGUUAAUAGGAAGAACUUUCACUUCAUUAACACGCAGUUGAUUUGUGAUUCCAAAUUGAAAAUUUUGAAUGUGAAUGCACUAUUCCCAGGCAGUACACACGAUUCUUAUAUCUGGAGCAACUCUACAGUAUUGCCUGUACUACAAAAUCUUCAUAAUGCUGGAUAUACAAACUAUCAAUUAUUGGGUGAUAGUGGUUAUCCCUUGAGGCCAUGGUGUCUAACACCCAUAUUGAACUUGGAGGAGGAUGACGAUGAGAAUACGCCUGCAUUUCUAUACAAUGAAGCACUUCAGAAAACGCGAUCAACUAUAGAGCGUUGUCAUGGAGUGCUAAAGUUACGAUUCAGGUGUCUUUUGAAGGACAGAGUGUUACAUUACACACCUAAUAAGGCUACCAAAAUAAUUAACGCCUGCUGUGUAUUAAACAAUUUAUGUAUAGCCCACAAUUUUCAACUUUCUGAUAUGCUUGAAGAGAGAGAGAGUUAGGCAUAAUUAAUAUAGACCGUCCACCCACAACAGGAGGCAAUAUUUAUUUAAAUUUAGGCAGAAAUAAACAACGAAAUACAAUUAAUAAUUACUUUU